AUGAAUGUCCAUGCGAGUAACGAAGAGGAAGAUUUGACAAGUGUGGAACACACGCAUGGUGAAGUGAUGUCAAGAAGAGAAGGAGAAAAUGAUCCUGAUCAACCGCCAGCGGUACGUGCAAGAGUGGAAGUUGUACCUCAACCCAAGUGGACAUUGAACAGUAGAGUCAGGGAAGUACUGGUGGAGACACCUAAACUAAAUGAUUUCCUCCGCAAUAAUGUGGGUGGCAGGGGUGUUGUUGAUUCCAAUGAGAAUGUUACCAUGGAGGCAUUUGCCGUACAACCGGAUAUGUAUAUUCAGGAUAAAGAACUAAGGGAUCAUAUUACUGCAUUGCCCACCUACAAGAGAAUAGAGGCUGCAAACAAUCUGAACGAGGUUGCAAACAAUCUUGAAAAAGCAGGAGUUUACUCUCUCCAGCAAUGGGAUGAAUUUACAGAGAAGGAGAGUAUUCUUUUAAUGGCAAGGGGAAAGUUGGAUGGAGCUCUUAAUAUUGCAAAGGGGAAGCAGAUGUUUGUUUCUCAGAAUGCCACAUCUGUGGUAGUGGAAGGUGUAUAUGAAUCUCUGUAUAAUGCGACAUGGCACUAUGUGGAGGGUGUUGAUGGUGAGGGAUUCGGUAUGCAAGUGAAAGAAGGCCAUCCACCGCAACCGUGGACAGAUGAUGAGGUGAGGAAGGGUUCUGUAGAGGACGAUAAUGAUAAUGAGAAACCCGAGGAUGGACGUCUGGAGUUGAUGCUGCUUACCUCCAAGAAAGGAUGGUCAUGCACAGAGUUCAGUAUGAGGAAGAGCUGUGAUAUUUAUGUUAACAAGGAGGUGAUGCGUGUAUGGUAUAAAAUUCUAAAGGAUAUGGAUGAGUAUUUUGGCAAUCAUGUGGAUGCUAAGAAGAAACUCACUCCAUAUGUGUUAAUUGGAACGCCUGGAAUUGGCAAGUCCUUUGCAGCUGGUUCAUUCCUCCUCUACCAACUGUUGCACUACAAUGCAGAACGAAUCCCAGUGGUUGCGUACUUCAUUAGGGGUGGGGCCUAUCUGUUUGAAAAGAAGAGUGAUGGUGGAAAGGUGACUUGGUACGAAGAAGAAGAAAAGGCAGUAAUUGUUGUAAGAGGAUUCUUUAAACAAGGUGAAGAAAAUAAAGAAAAA